AUGCCCCAAAGGCUCAUCGUUGGCAUCGACUAUGGCACCUCAAACUCUGGCGCAGCGUACGCCCUCUUCGAUGACUCGUCUGGCGACAGCAAUACUGAGAUCGAAGUCAUUAACGACUGGCCUCACGGCGGCAGCAGCCACUAUGCCUCCGACAAAGUACCUUCCGACAUAGCGUACGGCGCAGACAAGAAGCCAGCAGGCUUCGGCUUCGAUAUCCCUCACAAUGCUCAGACUCUGCAGUGGGUGAAGUUGCUACUGGAACCGGAUGACCUCCGGAACAAGAGCGCUGCGAACGCAUCGAGAGUCUGGCGAUCGUACGAAUACCUCGACGAGAGACAUCUGAAUAAGACUCCAGUCGAUGCCGUCGCAGACUACCUACGAUGGCUAUGGCAUAUCAUCAAGGCGAAGAUCGAGCGCGAUGAAGCGGAUGCCGAGAUAUUUGACACCGCGCUGUUGACCGUGGUCUUAACGGUACCGGCGACGUGGUCAGAAAGAGCCAAGUAUUGCAUGCAAAGAGCAGCGAGAGCGGCUGGCAUACCGGAGCAGUCGAUCAAGCUCAUAUCAGAGCCAGAGGCUGCCGCGAUAUUCUCUCUGAAGAAGCAAGCCAAGAAAGGGCAGAUCACAAAAGGCGACUGCGUUGUCGUUUGCGAUGCCGGGGGAGGGACCGUCGAUGUGGUGGCAUAUCAAGUACAUUCGCAAGACCCGCUGUCGCUUGAUCAAGUCACAGUCAGUAAAGGCGACUUUUGCGGGUCUGCUUUCAUCGAUGCAGAGUUUCAGAAUCAGGUCAAACAGAUUCUCGGAGCGGAUUGGAAUACGUUGGACGACGAGAUCAGGGCCAGGAUCGAGGACGAAUUCGAGUACAAGAUCAAGCGGACGUACAAUCCUAGUCUGCCCAAGAAGCACUCAAUCUCGGUGAACGGUUUAGAAGAUGACGAGGAUCGCGAUAUUUUGAAUGGCAAAAUGAAGAUUGACGAUGCUGUCCUCAGCCAGGCCUUCGAGUCCGUCAUGACACCAAUCGGCACUCUCAUCGACGGCCAGAUCGCAGCUUUGAAAGAGAAAGGGCUUGAAGACAACCUCAAAGGUAUACUACUUGUCGGCGGUUUCAGUGGCUCGGAAUACCUUCAUACUCGAAUGAGGGAAGAGUUCCCUGGCAAGAACGAUAUCAAAAUAUGGCGGCCUGAUAAGACGUGGACAUCUGUCGUGCAAGGAGCUGUUGCAUGCGAGGCUUCUGGAAGCGGCAGCGUUGCAGUCGUCCAUUCUCGGUUGUCUGGCUACAAUUACGGUGUUCCAUACGCCACGGAUUCAGGCAAGAAGGUAAAAUGGCUAGUUCGCAAGGGUCAGCCUGUCCAAAGCAAUAUGGCGACCGAGCCGUACGGACUGCGAAUAGACGACCAAGAUUGGCUGGACGAGGACUCACAUUGCCACCUGCUGGUUCCCCUGGUGCGGUCAGAGGAAGACGAUGCUUCCGACGACUACGGGCAUUUGGUAACACCGCACGCCGAAAUCGACUGCAGAGUGCCAACACAUCUACGACAUAGCAAAGAGGCAACACUGAUCCAAGAACGACCCCGAAAAGCAUGGCAUAUUCCAGCUACUCUUGUGCUAUUUCUCGACGGGGCAGUCAUCUCCUUCAAAUGCAGGAUCCAAGACGAAGAAGUGGGCGUGACGAAUGUGACAUACUUCCGCGAAUCUCCUGCAGAGCAAGAUCUUCGACGAACGUCUACCCUCUCCAUACCACGUCCGUCUCACCGCGCCGAUAGCGUCAUAUCGGAGGCAUCAUCUGCUAGCAGCAGAUCUAACUCCUCAGCUGGAACGUCCAUGCGGCCGGCUUUAUCACCUUCUCAGUCCUCAUCGUCGUCUUCUCCCCGCAGAGGGUUCUUCAAGCCCCGAGCGGGGACGUGGUUAGGUGUUCCGACGACGAUUCAGACGAAGAGGGAGAAGAAAGCUAAGGAGAAAGACAAGUUGAAGAAGGCUUCCACGUCGAGUGAGAAGUUCAACAAGGAAUCGUUUGUGCCACCGGAAGGGCUACCUACGUAUGAGCGGAAACCCUCGGGAGACAGGAAGAAGCAGGAAUUGCAGCCUUGGAUGGUGGAGUUUCCGGGUGUGUUUUAA